AUGCCGAAGCGCCUUAGGAAAAAUACUGGCCCACGUUUAAAUAUACCUAAAGUUUGCGAUAACAAUGGGAACUUACUAAAUAGGUGUCUAAUCUGUCUCGAAAGCAUUGAAAAACAUUCUGCCCUCGGCAUUCUCAAUUGCGGGCACAACCAAUUUUGCUUUUCCUGCCUUUACGAAUGGAGCAAAGUAUCAAACAAAUGCCCGCUAUGCAAUUUAAAAUUCAACGAAAUUGGAAAUUCCAAGACAUCUGAAGUUGCUUUGGUAGAAAAUUCAGACAAGCUUAUUGAAGAUUUGUAUGAAGAAUAUAUUUCUAGCAUAUUCUGUAUACGAUGUGGUUCUGAUCAGCAAGAUGAAUUCCUUUUGAUUUGCGAUGGGUGUGAUCAAGGAUUUCAUACCUUUUGCAUAGGAAUUAAUAGAAUUCCUGACCUUGAAGAAUGGUUCUGUCAUGAUUGCAUACUUGAAAAGUCUACAGAGGUUAGAAAGAAUCAAUGGAGAGAAAUGGAGAAGGCUGCCGAUCAAAUUGAAGAAGAGAAGGCGAGAAAGAGAUUAAAAAAGUUAGUAGAUAUGUAA